UCAACUGAUCAGAUAAAACUCCAUCUAUGGUUUGAUCUGAUCUAACUUUGCAGUUUAAAAGUGACCUCUCCCCGAAGAAAAUCAAAAUGUUGAGAACUUAUGUGAAUCCAAAACUAAUCUCCAAGCCUAAUAUAACAUCAACAUGUCUUUACUCUCUUUACCUUAAGAGAGGAAGUGCGAGUGGAGGGAGGGAAGAAGGAAGAGCUCCUUCUACAGCGGAGGAGUUCACGAGACAAGGUGUUGCGAGCCAGACUGUGGAGAAGACGUAUGACCGAGCAGAGGCGACGACCAACGUAUCCAGUAAUUCUGAGGCCGAGAUGGAGGAAGUGAGAAAGGCGGCGUAUCAAAAGAAGAAAGAGAGUAGAGACUAUCUCAAGAAGGGAAGUGAUGAUGAUGAUGAUGAUGAUGAUGAUGAUGAUGAUGAUGACGUCUAAAGGAACAUGAUGAAGAUGGUAUGAUGGAGAUGAUAAUCUAUGUUUGCAUGUAAUAAAAAUAGUCAUGUGUUUUUUUGUAUAUAUCUCUCGAGUCAUGUAUAGAAGCAAUGUUGUG